AAAAUAAUAUCCGUACCGAUUCUCUCUCUCUCCCUCCCUCUCUCUCUCUCUCUCUCUCUCUCUCUCUCUCAUCCCUCUAAGUCGAUGCUUGAAACUGGAUAAUCUAUUUUAAUUGGAAUAAUAAUAAUAGUUUUGUUUGAUGGCAAACCCUUGUGAGAAUAACAACGACAAUGGGAGCGUGCCGGAGAAGUCGGUGGUGGGUCCUACUCAGGCUGCUUUGAGGCAUAACCCUGGUUUAUCGGCUGAAUGGGCUCCUGAUGAACAGUCCCUUUUGGAAGAAUUGCUCACAAAAUAUGCUUCUGAUAGUAGCUUAUUGCGUUAUGCAAAGAUCGCUAAGAAACUGCAAGAUAAAACAGUUAGGGAUGUGGCACUUCGUUGUAGAUGGAUGACGAAAAAGGAAAAUGGUAAGCGAAGGAAAGAGGAUAAUAAUUCAUCAAGGAAAAGCAAAGACAAAAAGGAAAAAGUAAUGGAGCAUUUGGCAAAGUCGUCUACAAAUCGUGCCAACGGCCCUCCAUAUGCUCAAUCAGCAGUGUCUAUGGAUAGCGAUGACGGUAUCUCUUACAAAGCCAUUGGUGGUACAGCAGGGCAGCUUCUUGAACAGAAUGCCCAGGCAUUGGAUCAAAUUUCUGCAAAUUUUGCUGCUUUUAAGCAGGUGCAUGAGAACAUCAAUCUUUUUUUCCAAGCGCGAAAUAAUAUCAACUCAGUUUUGAACGACUUAAAUGACAUGCCCGAGAUAAUGAAGCUGAUGCCACCGCUUCCUGUGAAGCUUAAUGAGGAACUCACCAACUCCAUGCUUCCCCAUACAUCUUUGCAGAAAACAUCUUGAAUUUUUUUUACUUUUUUUUUUUGUAGAAAAAACGGCUCUUUUGUAUCCUUCAAUCUGGAGACGAGGAAUGUUGUCUAGAUGGUUUUUUUUAUCUGGUUACUUGUGUUUUGGUGUUAGAUGCUUGUGAAUAUGCAUGCAUGUAGACGGAUCAAAAAAAAAUUAUGGUAGGGAAUCAUAGACCUGGCAAAAUAAACCCAUGUAUCUUUGAUUAUGUAAAUUUCGGGUACCCUUCACUACAAGGGCGUUCAAUCGCAACUUGAACUCUUUACUAUAGGGACGUUUCAUCGUUAA